AUGGAAUUGCCUCCUGGUUACCACAGUAAGGGGGAGUCCACCACCAAGGGAAAGCUGGUUUGCAAACUCCACAAAUCACUUUAUGGACUCAAGCAAGCUUCUAGGCAAUGGCACUCCAGAUUUUCUGAAGCUCUUUCCAUUGGGUUCCAACCCUCAAAAUCAGAUUACUCUCUCUUCACUAGAAACAAUGAGGAUGGUUUCAUAGCCUUGCUUGUCUAUGUUGAUGACAUAGUCAUAGGCAACUCCAACAUCAAAGAAAUUGAUAAAGUAAAGGCCCACCUUCACUCUCAAUUCAGAAUUAAAGACCUUGGCAUCCUCAAAUUUUUCUUCGGAUUAGAAAUUGCAAGGUCAGCUACUGGGAUCCAUUUGUGCGAAAGAAAAUACUACCUAGAGAUCUUAGAGGAUGCAAGGCUCCUUGGGUGCAAACCAGCAAGCACACCCAUUGAAACAAAUCACAAACUCUCACACUCAGCUACAGACUCAUUGAAUGAUCCCUCAAGCUACAGAAGACUUGUGGGAAGACUAAUGUACCUCACCAUAACCAGACCUGACAUCACUUAUGUAGUAGGCAUACUCAAUCAAUUUAUGGACAGACCAAGUGAGGUGCACAUGCAAGCUACCCAUCGAAUUUUGAGAUAUGUGAAAGGCUCAAUAGGGCAAGGUAUACUCUUCUCCUCUCAAUGUGAUCUACAACUAAAGGCUUUCAGUGACUCAAAUUGGGCAGCCUACCUAGAAACAAGGAGAUCCAUAACAGGUUUCUGUGUCUUCAUUGGUAAUUCCUUGGUUAGCUGGAAAUCAAAGAAACAAGAAACAAUCUCAUGCUCUUCUGCAGAAGCAGAAUAUCGAGCACUAGCUCACACAAGCUUUGGUGUUUACUUUUGGUUGAGUUUGGUUUUAUCUGGAUUUAAGCGGGGUUGGAGAAUGCUCUAUGACAGGAAAAUGCUGAGACCAAGAAGGCAAGCUGAUGUGCCUGAAGAUGAACUAUUCAGGGGUGAUGGAAAUUAUGCGAUGGCAAGAGCGUUAAAUAGAAUGACAGAAUUUCUUCAACAAAAUUUCCGACCGUCGCAAGGAGAUUCAAGUAGAGGAGUCCAAGUUGGGUGCCCCUAUGAGCGCUUCCUAACGUAUAGGACUCCUGCCUUUACUGGGGAGGAGGACCCAAUGCGAGCUAGGAGGUGA